UCUUACCAUGCUAUAAUGGCGGUGAUCUGUAUUAGAAUUUUACCGCGUUACGUUUUGAAACCAUUGAUUAAAACAUUAGUCACUAACCUAUAACACGCGUGGAUACCGCAGAAAGUUUCGAUUCAGUUGGUCUUGUGAAACGGCUCGGUUAAGUGAACGGAACCGGUUCAGUAACGAUUCAUUUACGAGUCGGCGCGGAAAACAAAACUUGCAGCGGUUUGUUGUUACUGAGCGCAGCAACUGCUGAGCUCACUGUGUCUCCUCCUGGGUCGAUUUGCACAAUUUGGUUUUUGGAUUUAAUCGAAAUAUAUGUUCAGUACACCCUCAGAUAAAUAACUAGUUUGUUUUGAACUGUCAAACCGUGAAAUUUAUCCUUUUAGCCGUGUAAACACCUGUUACUAACCGGCGAGAGAGAGAGAGAGGGAGUUAACCUACCUGGCUAACGCUAACUGUUUACCUAUCAAGUAACAAUUGCGGCUCAUAGCAACGCUAAGCGAUAUAAAUACGGCUACUUCUCAGACUUAUUCGUUAAUUUUUGCGCUGCUUUGCUUUUUAAUGUUGAAUAUUUGGUCAAAUUAACCUCUUGGUUUUCGAGUAUUUUUAUCUUUUCACUCUUAAGAGAACAAAAAAGAGAAAUGAGCUGCGCUUUGGAUGAUCCUACACUGGAAAGGCACUUCAAGGGCCACAGAGACACUAUAACCAGUGUUGACUUCAACUGUAACAUGAAGCAAAUAGCCACUGGCUCCAUGGACUCCUGCGUAAUGAUCUGGAAUCUGAAGCCGCAAAUGAGGGCCUACAGAUUUGUGGGACAUAAGGACGCGGUGACGUCCGUCCAGUUCUCCCCUUCUGGUCAUCUGGUGGCCUCAGCGUCCAGAGACAAGACGGUCCGUCUGUGGGUACCCAGCGUGAAAGGUGAAUCCACAGUGUUCAGAGCUCACACUGGAACUGUCCGCAGCGUCAACUUCUCCAGCGACGGACAGUCAUUAGUGACCGCCUCCGAUGAUAAAACCAUCAAAGUGUGGACUGUCCAUCGACAGAAGUUUCUCUUCUCCCUCAGUCAGCACAUCAACUGGGUCCGAUGUGCAAAGUUUUCGCCAGAUGGCCGAUUAAUUGUAUCUGCAAGUGACGACAGAACGGUGAAGAUCUGGGACAAGAACAGCAGAGAAUGCAUUUACUCAUUCUGUGAACAUGGCGGAUAUGUGAAUUAUGCUGACUUCCACCCCAGUGGUACCUGCAUAGCAGCUGGUAGUACAGACAAUACCGUCAAAGUGUGGGAUAUCCGCACCAACAAACUUCUACAGCAUUACCAAGUGCACAGCGCGGUGGUGAACUCGCUCUCCUUCCAUCCUUCUGGGAACUACCUCAUAACAGCCUCCAACGACUCCACGCUGAAGAUCCUGGACCUGGUGGAGGGCAGGCUUCUCUACACGCUGCACGGCCAUCAGGGUCCUGCAACAUGCGUGGCAUUUUCAAGGACGGGGGAUUACUUUGCUUCUGGCGGGUCUGAUGAACAGGUGAUGGUGUGGCGAACUAACUUUGACAGUGCAGAUUACGGUGAAGUGCUCAGGUCGCAGCGGAAAGCCGCCAGCAUGGAGCCACGCGGUUCCACCUCUCACGUCCCAGCUCAGGUUCCAGAGUCCACAGACCUCUCCCAUGGCAGAUGCUCGGAUAGAGGCCCCAGUACAAGUCAGCAUAGCCACACCUCCCAGGGAUCUACUGCACCGUCCUUCUCGUACCAGGAGCAGCCUCAGCGGGCAGCACCAGACGGCGGAGUCCCUGCUGCACUGGCCAGCACCCUGGAGCACAUAGUGGGUCAGCUUGAUAUACUUACUCAGACGGUGUCUGUGUUGGAGCAGAGGCUGACUCUGACGGAGAACAGGCUGAAGGACUGUAUUGAUAACCAGCGUGAGAUCAGCGUUCGGCUCUGCCACUCAACUGAUCCAGAGAGCACAGCGUCUCACUGAGGGCUUGACCGGCCAGUGCUGCGCUCCUCUUUUCUUUUUCUUUUCUUUUUUGCCCUCCCUCCCUCUCUGUUCCUUCCAGCCUCAUAUUUAUCAUCUGUAUGAACUGACCCGACUCUCCGCUGGAGCUGCAGCUACUUCUCACAUUCACUUCCUCAGACAGGAGCCAGAGCCUUGCCUCAGAUAGCACUACGGAGCCACAGCCAAAUACUCACAAUACUCACAUACUCAGAAGCACUGUUUAUUUGUUAAUAACAGCAAUAUUUCUGCCCCUUAAUGUACAAAAACUGCUGAAAUAUUUUAUCUGAACUCCACUCUGUUUUCAGGGCAGCAGACAAAAAGAAAGGCCGCUCUUUUGGGCUUAGACUACACUCUUAAAAAAGAUGGUUCUUCAAGGGUUCUUUAGUAAAGACAGUGGGUCUGUGUAGCACCACUCAAAUACUCAAAGAACCCUUUGUAUGAUUAAAGGUGGAAAGGGUUCUCCAGAUUGAUAGAGAAUGUUGUAGAUGGUUCUGAAUAAAACCUUUUUGAAAAUGGUUCUUAAUAGCACCAGAAAGGGUUCUGCUAUAGUUACGAUGUCAAGCUUGUAAAAUUAAAGAAAGCCAAAUUUGGCUUCUUAUUUAAAUGUCCUGCUCCGCCUUAAAUGUUGCACUGUUAGAUUCAGGUGCCUAUACAGCUGCUAGAGUGUAACUGCUGCUCUAUUUAAGGUAGAACGGAAAAUUCAGACAAAAAGCU